GAUGUCUGCCUCCAUUCAAAAAUAAAAAAUGUCAACAUUUGCACUUCGAGGUCUAAAAAGAUCCUUUCUCUCCAGAUCUUUAUCAUUUACUCAGUACAGAUUAAUUAGAAAUACAAUUAAAGACAUUUUGAAAUGUAAACAAAGUGAUGUAACAGUCAAUGCAACGGGUUGGGUGAAGACAUUACAAGUCCACAAGAAUGUAACUUUCAUCAAAGUUAAUGAUGGUUCAUCGUUGUCAUCGCUACAAGUUAUAAUACCUCCAGAACUCAAUAACGAUGAAAUAACAUUUGGUAGCAGUGUGUCAGUAGAAGGGAAGAUGAUAGAAAGUCCAGGACAGGGACAAGAUUAUGAACUGUUAGCAGAAAAAAUAUCUGUGUGUGGAACAUGUAAUCCUGAGGAGUUUCCAUUUCAGUCCAGAAGUAAGAUACCAGUUGAGUAUGUUAGAGACUAUUUACAUUUGAGACCCAGAACAAACUUCUUCAGCAGUCUCCUUAGACUGAGAAAUGCUACAACAAAUGCCAUUCAUAAAUACUUUCAGGACAAUGAUUUCCUAUUUAUACACACACCAAUACUGACAUCUAAUGAUUGUGAAGGUGGUGGAGAAGUCUUCAGUGUGGAGCCACAGAAUAAAGAUCUCAUACCUGAACUUUCAGACAGUGAAGAAGAAAACAAGACACCAAAGUUAUUCUUCAGAAAUCCUGCUAAUUUAACAGUGUCAGGACAACUUCACCUAGAAACUAUAACAGGUGCAAUAUCAAGAUGUUACAACUUUGGUCCAACAUUUCGUGCUGACAUGUCAGUAGAUAGAACCCACUUGGCAGAGUUUUACAUGGUAGAGGCUGAAAUGGCAUUUACACAAUCAUUAGAAGAUGUUCUUGAGGUGAUAGAAAGUCUAGUAAAGUUUACCAUCAAAGAAUUACAGACUAAUUGUGAUGAUGAUUUACAGUUCUAUUAUAAAUAUGUAGCUCCUAAAGAUCAACAAAAAACAGUUCAAACAGCUCUAGAUAAGGCUUUUACAAGAAUACCAUAUACAGAUGCAGUAAAGAUUCUUGAAAAGAAGAACAAAAAGUUUGAAUUUAAAAUAAGAUGGGGAGAAGAUUUAAAGAGGGAACAUGAGAGAUAUCUGGUGAAAUAUAACAACAAUAUACCAGUUUUUGUAACAGACUUUCCUGCCGCUAUAAAACCAUUCUAUGCCAGGGAUAACGAUGAUACACAAACAGUAUCCUCUGUAGAUCUAUUGGUACCUGAAGUAGGAGAGCUAGUAGGAGGGACAAUGAGGGAGGAGAGAUAUGAUGUACUUAGAAAUAAACUGCAACAACAUGAACUUCUGGAGAACUUGAAUUGGUAUUUGGAUCUGCGGAAAUUUGGCAGUGUUCCACAUGGAGGAUUUGGGUUAGGUUUUGAGAGAUUACUACAAUUUAUACUAGGCAUUAACAAUAUACGUGACACUAUACCAUUUCCUAGAUCUUCAAAACAUUGUAAACUUUGAUGCAGUAUUAUUUAUUAAAUGUAAAUUGUU